GAAAGCAACUCAAGUGGCGAAUUUUAUAAUUGUUACCUGUUAGCCGUUUUUUUUAUAAUUCGUGGUAAAAAGAAUCAGAAAAACAGGUCAAACCUUAAUAGUUUAUAAUAUAGUGAAAAUAUGUAUAAAUGUACUACUAAUCAAGAAGCAUAAUUAUAUAAAAUCCGACAAAACCGAUGGUUAGAUGAAUAUGAAUCAUAUAUAUAAAUCGGUUAAUGUGAUUUUAAAAAAUAAAUUUUUACGUUAUGGUGCACCAUUCAUUAUAUUGAUCGUCGGAGGUUCCUUCGGUCUUAAAGAAUUUUCACAGGUUCGAUACGACUAUCGAAAAGUAAAAUUUUUAAGUCCAGAAGAAUUGAGGAAACAAGGUAUUGAAAUGAAACCUCGAGGAAGCGUCACAAUAGAGACUGAAUAUCAAAAGUUAUUGGAACAAGUGAACUUGGAUGAAUAUGAAAAUAAGAGAAUACCGAGGCCACCGGGAUACGAAGAUUAAAACAAAUAUAUCUGUAACACUUUAGAUUUCAUAUAUUUACAAAAUGUAGUAGUUGUUUUUUUUAGUUUAACAGUCAAUAAACAAUUUAUUUUUUAAU